ACGCGUUGGAAAACAGCUUUAGCAUGUAGAUCAGACUACCGGUAUAUUGUUUUUGGUUCCUCGAGUGUUUACGUUGAUAUUAUUUCAGUUGGAUGUUGUAAAUGUAAAGCAGAAUAUGGAUCUUCAGAAGUUUCACAAGAUUGACGAGAACCUGCCAAGUACUGAUGUGGCCAAGCUGAAGUUUCUGUGCAUAAACCUGAUUCCCACGAAGCGUUUGGAGACCGUGAAAGAUGCCAAAGACCUGUUCCUGCGACUGGGCGAGCAAGCACUGCUUGAUGACGAGCUACUUGUCCCUGAGCUUCUGAUCACAAUUGGGCGCCUUGACUUGCUUGCCAUCCUGAACACUUCGAAAGAGGAAGUGGAUAGAAAACUACCAGAACGUGAAUCUUCUAGUAAAGGUGUCUCACCCUACAGAAAGAUGCUUUUUGAAAUAUUCGAGGACAUGACAGAAGAAAACCUUCGCUCUGUAAAGUUCCUUUUGGAACUUCCAAAGGCAAAACUAGGACCGUCGGCUUCACUUCUAGAUAUUAUGAUUGAGAUGGAAAAGCAACAGAAGCUCGGGGAAGACAACCUCGAUGAACUUCACAGUAUUCUUGAGCAAUGUGACAAACCGCUGGCCUGUAGGAUAGAGGAGUUCCAGAAUAUGGGCAGAGACCCAGAACAAGAUGCUCACAGACUCCCUCUAAAUGUGGACAUAGAGAACAUAGAGAGAAAGGAAGGACGGAGAAGAGGCUCUUCUUUUGGCUCUGUUGGCUCGGUUUACACCGAUUCAGACCCUCCACCCACGUCAGAUGAAUAUUAUAUCAUGACUCAGCGGCCUCUUGGAUACUGUCUAAUCAUCAACAACUACAACUUUGAAAAAAAGUCCAAAUUUUCCAACCGUGAAGGCACUUGGAAGGACAAAGAUGAUCUUUUUAGCUUGUUUCAUAGAAUGCAUUUCAAAGUUGAGGUGCGGGACGAUCUGGAAGCCUCAGAUAUAAGAGAUGCGAUAAAGGAGUUUGCAAAUAAGGAUCAUGCUCAAAUGGGCGCUUUUGUCUGCUGUGUCCUCUCGCAUGGAGAGAAAGGCACUGUGUUGGGCGUAGAUGGUAAACCGGUUGAAAUCCGUGAACUCACACAGCCUUUUGCUGAAUGCCGCACACUAGCUAGCAAGCCCAAGCUUUUCUUCAUUCAGGCCUGUCAGGGUAAAGUGGCCCAGGACGGUGUAUGGACAGCAGAUGGACAAGUGAACAAUACAGAAGAAGGAACAUUUGAGGAGGAUGCUUAUAAUCCUGCUUUGCGCAUGGUUCCCAUUGAAGCUGAUUUCCUAAUCGGAAUGGCCACAGUAGAGUACUACCAGUCGUUUCGCCACACUAGAAAAGGGUCUAUCUAUAUCCAGGAGCUCUCCAAUCUAGCACUUUUCCUCGAGUUAACGAUGGAUGAAACUUGCCAUGUCAGCAACAAUGAUCAGAAAAGUCAGGCUACCAAGAAAGAGCAAAAUAAGGGCAAAGCAUCAGAUAAAUCACAAAGAAAGAAGGCUGUAAGGAGGAAAUCACAAGAAGCCAAAGAAAACCAAUGUGUUCAAAAGACUAUUUUACUUAAAAGAAAGCGGGAGCCCCUUCAACCCACCGGCAAUAUUUCUGACCAUUACCCUAAAAAGAAGCAUGCAGUGACAAAGCACAAUGAAUUUUAUUCCAUGUCAAAUAAACCUUGUGGAUAUUGUUUGAUCAUCAACAACUAUAACUUUGAGGGUCCGUCACUUACAAACCGGGAAGGGACAGACAAAGAUAAAGAUAAUCUUACCAGAGUGUUUGAGAACAUGUUUUUCGAAGUUGAGGUGCGGGCCGAUUUGCGAGCCUCGGAUAUGCAAAAUGUGAUAAAGGAGUUUGCAGAGAGGGAUCACUCUCGCAUGGAUGCCUUUGUCUGCUGCAUCCUCUCCCAUGGAGAGAAAGGCUCUGUUCUGGGAAUAGAUGGAAAAGAAGUUCCGAUUCGUGAACUCACACAGCCUUUUGCUGAAUGCCGCACACUAGUCAGCAAGCCCAAGCUUUUCUUCAUUCAGGCCUGUCAGGGUAAUGAGGCCCAGCAAGGUGUGUGGAUGCCAGAUGGACAGGAGAGCACCACAGAAGAUGAAACAUUUGAGGAGGAUGCUUAUGUUCCUUUAAAAGCUGAUUUCCUAAUCGGAAUGGCCACAGUAGAACAAUACCAGUCGUUUCGCAACACUAAAGACGGCUCUAUCUAUAUCCAGGAGCUCUGCAAGCAGCUUGAAAUUGGCUGUCCACGGAAAGAGGACAUGCACUCAAUUUUGACAAGGGUGAAUCGAGAAGUGAGCUUGAAAAACAUUCAGCGUUCCAAGCAGAUGCCUGAGGUUCGCUACACUCUAACCAAAAUACUGGUCCUUCCCAUGAAGCAAACCUCCUUUUAAUAGCUAAAAAAUUUUUUUUUAAUAAUU